CAAGCAUGGUGGUGAAAAGAUGACAGCUGUGGCGAGGCAGCGUUGUUUGUCCAACUAUUAUGCUAUUCUGCCGCUGUCACUGUGAAACACACCAUGACACUGGUAGCUUCAAUUAGUAGGUUUGCUAAAAUAUACGUCUUCAGCCCAGAAGCAUUUAUUUUGUGCAUUUUACUGCUUCUUUUGUACAACUCAUUCCUUCACGUCAAACCGCUGUUGAAGUUUGCUAACCGAGCUCGGGUUAAACUGCAGCUAAAACUUCGUGGUCAGUAUGAUGUAAUACCAGAGCAGGGUGAGACCGAGGUGUCUGAAGAGCACACGAAAGCCUCUUGGGAGCUAAGAAAGGAAAAUGUCGCUGUGUUUGCAAUCCAAGGACGCAGGCCUCAUAUGGAGGAUAGAUUCAACGUUGUCAAUGAUUUAGAGCACACAGACACCUCGAUAUAUGGAAUGUUUGAUGGGCAUGGAGGCGAGUUUGCUGCAGAUUUUGUGGAAAAAACUCUUUUUAAAAGUAUCAUGAUUCGUCUUCUACGUGCUUCACUUGCUGAUGAAAGUUGUAACAUUAGCGCCAUUCUAAUGGAAGAAAUGCUGAUUGUUGAUAAACAGUUGCUGGAGAUAUGCAAGGAAACUAUGGAAAUUUCAGGUACCACAGCACUUGUUGCCAUGCUGCACGACAACCAGCUUACUGUGGCCAAUGUCGGUGACUCAAGGGGCGUAAUCUGUGAUAAAAAUGGCAAGAUGAUACCACUGUCUUUCGACCAUAAACCACAACUGGUAAAAGAAAGAAAUCGAAUUCGACAGGCGGGAGGUUUCAUCAGCUUUAAUGGAGUCUGGAGAGUAGCCGGUGUCCUAGCAACGUCGCGCGCUCUUGGCGAUUAUCCACUGAAAGAGAAAAACCUCGUCAUAGCCGACCCAGACAUUAUGACCUUUGACCUCAACAAUCUGAAGCCAUUGUUUAUGAUCCUCGCCACUGAUGGAUUGUGGGAUUGCUUCAGCAAUGAUGAAGCAGUGGAGUAUAUAAAAGAUCGACUGAACGAGCCUCAUUUUGGAGCGAAGAGCCUCGUUUUACAGGCAUACUACCGGGGCUCGGUUGAUAACAUCAGUGUGAUGGUUGUAAACUUUGUCGCAAAUAGGACUUCCUUAUACAGAACUCCUAGUCGGUAGCGGCAGCAAUAACACAACCAUGUAGAUAUGUAUAUGUACUUAUUGUGGGGGUAAAUGUUAUAUAUUCAUUGUUAAGUAAUCAAUGGUUAUUGUCUACACUGUCAUUGUUUUUGUCAAAUUUGUCAAAAGAUGGAUAUCUGAGAAUACAAAAUUGGCAUAACCCAUGUACGGAUUAUGCAACACAAAUUCAGGUAAGCCAUUUUAUUUCUGCAUGAUGAGAUACAUGUAUGUCUAUGUAAGUUAUGUUCUAAAUAUGAAGUUAAAAAAUUAGGUUUUUUUUAACGACACCACUAAAGCUCUUAGAUUUAUUAAUCAUCGGCUAUUAGAUGUCAGGUAUGCCUCAGUGGCGCAGUGGUUGGUAGGGACAGGUUUAGUAUCUCGGUUCCGACUCCAUCCCAGAACGAGUUUGUAAGGGCUCAAUGGGUAGGUGUAAGGCCACUAAACCCUCUUCUCUCUCACUAACAACUAACCCACUGUCCUGGACAGAUAGCAGAUAGCUGAGGUGUGUGCCCACGACAGCAUGCUUGGACCUUAAUUGGAUAUAAGCACGGAAAUAAGUUGAAAUGAAAUGAUAUGUUUAUAGCCAUUUUUUGACUAGUAGUCGGUAAACUUGCAACAUUUUUUCAUUAGCAACAAGGAAUCUUUUAUAUGCACUUUUGCACAGACAGGACAGCACAUACCACAGCCUUUGAUACACCAGUCGUGGUGCACUGGUGGGACGUGAAAAAGCCCAAUCGGCGAAUAGGUCCACUGGGGUGGUUUGAUCCUUCAAUGCGAGCACUCGACCAACUGGCUGGAUGCUGCCUCUUUUCCUAAAUUUAAUGCAUUGGUGAAAAUGUGGGUUACACAAAUCCAGAUAUGCGCAAAUAUUGCAUGAACAACACUUUCAUUCUCGCCGGAAUCUAAGCACACGUUGGUGAGAACGCCAUGCAUUAUUUAUGACAACACAUGCCCGGUUUACAUGCAUUACGUGUGUAAACAAUUUCAAGACUGGGUUACCAAUGCCAUAUAUCCAAUGAAAAACAACACUAUGGAAAUCGAUUACACUGUGACAUAUAGUUAACCUGACAAUCAUAUGUCUGUGACGCGUAAGUCGGCUACAAGUGCAAAGGGUUGUA